AUGGCGGCCUCCGAGGUUCAGCUUGGCACAUCUAUUGCUGACAUGCGAGAUGGACGGGACAUUCUAGAUCAUCAAGCUGUAGAGGAGAAAGAAGGCAUUGUAAUUGGAGGGGGAACCGACAGCGACUAUCAAGAGCUACUGGAUAGAGUGUUCAACAUUAUCGCUGGAAACAAUCCAGAUCUCGCCGUGAACAGAGGAAAAGUGGUUAUGUGCCCUCCUAAGAUUCUUAGGGAGGGCACGAGGAAGACGGUAUUCGUGAACUUUAUGGAGUCGUGUAAAACGUUGCGUAGGGACCCUAAUCACGUGAUGGAUUUUUUCCUCUCUGAGAUGGCAACAACCGGUUCAAUUGAUGGGCAGAACAGGUUGGUGAUCAAAGGGAGAUUUGCUCCGAAAUCCUUUGAAUCGAUCCUCAGGAGAUACAUCAAUGCGUAUGUCAUCUGCAAUGGAUGUAAGGGCCAUGAUACCACUAUAACCAAGGAAAACCGUCUCUUCUUCCUUCGCUGUGAGCAGUGUGGGUCUUCAAGGUCCGUCGAUCGAAUCAAGGCUGGAUUUGUCGCACAUGUUGGUCGUCGCAACGCCUGA